GAAACUUGCAACCCUAAUGGAACCUGAGGGAGAUGAAUCCUCUCAUCCAACACCCAAAAGGUUCAAACCCACAAAUAAUACUCAAUUUCCAUCCACUUCAAGCAAUAAAGAUUCAAUCUUGACAAACCCCAUCUUGCCACAAGAACUCAUCACAGCAAUUCUUGUAAGGCUUCCAGUUAAAUACCUCCUACAGUACAAGUGUGUUUCAAAAGAUUGGUUUAGUUUAAUCUCUAGUCCUUAUUUUGUCAAGACCCAUCUUAGUUUUUCUGUUAAGAAUUGCACCCACCAUAGAUUACUGUUGAAAUUUAAACACAAUCUAAAACAUUGUUCUGUUAGCUCUUUAUUUUAUGAGUCUGAUAUUAAGGCAUUGGACUUGGAUUAUCCCAUAGAAACCUCCUGUAAUUUUGUUCGUAUUGUGGGUUCUGUUAAUGGAUUGAUUUGUUUGCGUGUUGAGUUCAAUGGCUUGGUUCUGUGGAAUCCGUCAACUAGAAAGUUCAAGAAAGUAGCUAACCUUAUGUCUAUACGGACGUAUAAAUACCCGGUCAAGGUCAAGUAUGGUUUUGGGUAUGAUGAGGUUCACGAUGAUUAUAAGGUAGUGAGUAUUUUCUUUGACAGUAAUAAUCGCUACGUCGAUGCCAAAAUAUAUAGUUUAAUGAGUGAUUCUUGGAGAACACUUGAUGAUUUCCAAGGCAGGGUGUUCCCCCGUCAUUCGAGCAAGUUGGUGAAUGGGAAGCUUCACUUGGUUACUGAUGAUGAUGGUUGGGGCAUCAUGUCCGUUGAUUUGGUUGAUGAGAAAUGUAGGAAGAUGGAGCAACCUUUCUAUAGAAAAGAAAAUUUAUGUUUGAAUCUUGGAGUGUUGGGAAGUGAUUUAUCUGUAAUCUGUAAUUAUUGGAGAAAUUUUCUGAUAAAUCAAGCUGAGGUGUGGAUUAUGAAGGAGUAUGGGGUUAAGGAGUCUUGGAUGAAGCUUUACACCAUUAAAAAUCCUAUCGAUAUGCUUUUUCCAACCCUUUGCAUGUCAAAUGAAGGUGAAUUAUUGGGUGUUUUUGGAUCGACUUUAAUGAUAUACAAUUCAAAGGAUGACUUAAGAAGAUAUCCAGAGGUUACUAAUAUUGAUAGAAGUCUUGAGGCGGAACACUAUGUAGAAAGCCUAGUUUCUCCAAUUUUACAAAACGAACAAUGACACAACUUUGAAGGCUGCAAAAACUCAGGCAAAUGACAGUUUGUAGCUAACGACUUGUUUUAUCAUGCCUCUACUUCGUGGUCCUAAAGCUCGAUCACCUGUUUGGAAUCACUAUGAAAAGCUUGAAGAAAAUGAUGAUGGAUGGUGCCAUUCGCUGCAUACUUGGACGGUCUCCUUAAAGUUUCAUGUUAAGCGUUGUUUGGAUCUCAUGGAGCAGGAACAUAUAACUAUUAGGAUUGAGUAGCUAUUGUUUUGUUGACUUGAAUAUGAACUAUUAGUACUAUGUUAGGACUUACUAUUCAAAUGUGUGACUGUUGUUUUGGUUUUCUGAAACUCUGGUGGUGCUAGACAAUUUAUUGCUAGUGAACUGGCUGACUAAUGCUUAAUAUUCAAAUUGUGACUGUUACCAUGCUACUA